UCACGUUUUCUCGCGACGAAGAAUAUUUCACUCUUAGUUGUUACUCUUUAUGCUUUUUAUAUUUUGUUAAUGGUUGAUGUGCAAUUUAGACUACACUUGGAUUGUAUCUGAGAAUCAUCGGUGAACUGUCUGAUGAUUUUAUCUUCUUUUAAUUUAAAUCAGUUGAAACUAAAAUUAUCGUUGAUGAUUCUGGCAAAACCAUAUUGGUACACAAUUACAGUAACACAUUUUUCUGCGAUAAGUUUUGAAGGUUAGGUGACAAGUAGCAGUAAUCUGAUAAUUAUAUCGCAAUCGAAGUGUCAUAACGCCUAAUGAUAUUUUUACUUUAAUUAAAGUGUAAAAGACAAACGAAGCAAUAAUUGUUUUACUUUAAAUGACCAGUAAUUAUGGCAACGUCUGGUUCUGAUAGAAAGCCAAGAGUCAUAAUUUUAGGAGGAUGUGGUUUCAUAGGACGUAAUCUUGUGGAAUAUUUAUUGGAUAACGAUCUCGUGUCUUUUAUACGUGUCGUUGACAAAGUACCUCCACAAACAGCUUGGCUCAAUGCUAAACACCAACAGUUAUUUGACCACCCUUUAGUUGAAUUUAAAAGUGCUAAUUUAAUUAACACAGCAUCUUGUCAGAAUGCGUUUUUAUCAGAUGAACCAAUUGAUUAUGUGAUUAAUUGUGCUGGUGAAACAAAGAGUGGUCAAACAGACCCUGUAUAUAAAGAGGGAAUUUAUAAAUUGAGCAUAAAUUGUGCUCAACAAGCUGCAAAACUACAAGUUGAUCGUUACAUAGAAAUAUCUUCUGGUAAUUUUAAUGCUACUGACAAAAAUCCUCUUAAAGAGGAAGACACUGGAGAACCAUGGACAUUUGUUGCAAAAUAUAAAUUGCAAGUUGAAAAUGAUUUAAAAAGUAUACCUAAUUUGAAGUACACAAUACUUAGACCAGCCAUUGUCUAUGGUUGUGGAGAUCGAAAUGGUUUAGCCCCGCGCUUAGUAGUGGGAGCAGUUUAUAAACAUUUGGGAGAAAUGAUGAAAUUACUUUGGGGACCAGAUCUUCAUAUGAACACAGUUCAUGUCAGGGAUGUAGCUAGAGCUAUUUGGCAUGUAAUGCAAAAACCAGAAGCUAUUGGUCAAACAUACAAUGUUGUUGAUGAAGGUGAUUCGACUCAAGGCUCGAUAAGCGCGAUUGUUUCCGAGUUAUUUAAUAUUAACCAUGACUAUUGGGGUACUGCACUGUCUACAUUGGCUAAAACAGAUAUGAGUUCUGUAGUGGAAGAAGUAAAUGAUAAACAUAUGGGACCUUGGGCAGAUGCUUGUAACAAAGAUGGAGUAGAAAAUAGCCCUCUUUCUCCAUAUAUAGAUCAGGAACUUCUUUACAACAAACACUUAUAUAUGCAACCAGGAAAGUUAACAAGUACUGGAUUUAAUUAUCUUUAUCCAAAACUCACAAAGGAUGCUUUAAAAGAGGUUUUGGAUGACUAUGUAAACAUGAAGAUAUUUCCACAUUCCUUGGUUUUAUGAAUUUUAACAAUACAGACUGCCAGGAUUAAAUAUUGAAGAUAUUUACAAUAAUUUGUAUAAAUAAUUUUUGGAGCGUUUCACCUUGUGCCUAGUAAUAUAUGCAAGUUAUAUACUCUAUCAUAUGUUAUACAUAUACCAUACUCGUAUUUUACCUGCUAACAAAAAUAUUGUUAGUCAUGUUUAGAGAGAGUAUACAGAUGGAAUAUGAAGAUUUCAUAUAUAAGCCUAUUACAAAUGUGAUAAACUAGAAAUUAAUGUACUUAAUUUUAUUGUAGUCUGAAGUAUAAAAUUUUGCAUUUUUUUAAUUGCUAGUCACGUUUUGACCUGUAAGAUUAACGUGAGGUUGAGAAAUCUUUUACAUGCCCAAAUAAUAACAAAUUAUAUAUUGUAGAAUAUAACGUUAUUUCGAUAAAUAUUUUAAAGACUUAUGUAUAUCGCCAAUAGAAAUUCUUUUUGUACUGAAUUUUUUAAGACUGGGAAUAAAACUGUUAAUGAAUUAACGAGAUCCACAUCAAA